ACCAUGCUGGACGGAUUGAAAAUGGAAGCAGGCUUGCAGCAUCCGCCAGAGAACACGGCUUCACUUCUCGGGCCCAGUGGAAAGGAGAGGGCGGUAUGUGAAGGCUGUGACAGGGUGAUCGUAGACCGCUUUCUGUUGAGGGUGAAUGACAGCUUUUGGCACGAGCAGUGUGUGCAAUGUGCUGGGUGCAGGGAGCCCCUCACCACCACUUGCUACUACAGAGACAAGAAGCUUUACUGCAAACAUGACUACGAGAAGCUGUUUGUAGCCAAGUGCAGCGGCUGCAUGGAGACGAUCGCUCCCACCGAGUUCGUCAUGAGGGCGCAGAAGAGCGUCUACCACCUGCCCUGCUUCUGCUGCUGUGUGUGCGAGCGGCAGCUCCAGAAAGGCGAUGAGUUUGUGCUGAAGGAGGGCCAACUGCUCUGCAAGGGCGACUACGAGAAGGAGCGGGAGCUGCUGAGCCUGGUCAGCCCGGCCGCCUCGGAUUCAGCCAAAAGCGAUGACGAAGACUGCAUCGGCAAACUGGAGCAGUUGCAGUGCAAAGGAGGGGACGAUUCCAAAGAUCCCAAGCGACCAAAAAGACCUCGAACUAUUCUGACCACGCAACAGAGGCGAGCCUUCAAGGCGUCUUUCGAGGUGUCCUCCAAGCCCUGCAGGAAGGUCAGGGAAACUCUCGCAGCAGAAACAGGCCUGAGUGUCCGAGUUGUGCAAGUCUGGUUUCAGAAUCAGAGAGCCAAGAUGAAGAAACUCGCUCGUAGGCAGCAGCAACAACAACAAGACCAGCAGAACACCCAGCGCCUGAAUACAGUCCCAGCGAACAGUUCCAAUAACCCUGGAAUGGAAACGAUGAUGAACCCUUAUACAAGCCUGCCUCCACAGCAGCUCCUGGCUAUUGAACAGAACGGAUAUAACACCGAUCCUUUCCGACAAGGCCUCACUCCUCCUCAGAUGCCGGGAGACCAUAUGCACCCUUAUGGCAACGAGACCCUUUUCCAUGACAUGGACAGCGACACAUCACUCAACAGUCUAGGCGACUGCCUCCUGGCAACCAAUGAAGCGAGCUCCAUGCAAGCUCGGAUAGGAAACCCCAUAGAUCGGCUCUACUCCAUGCAGAACUCCUACUUUACCUCAUGAGGUAGAGCACGCCACCAGUACUGGAAAGAGCAGAGCUGCCCAGGCCCAAGGUCAACAGUUGUCCGAACCAAUAUCAUUUCACAGCUCUACUCAACAUCACUGAAAGCAACAGACAAAACCUGGGAUCCUACAAGUGCUUGGAUUGCGAAAACACAUUGAUAAACCCCCCCCACCCCCCCACUCCCGCCACCCGCUAUCAGUUAGUCGUGCUGAAUGUUUUAGACUGCUGUGGUUAGCCACUUGAUGUGCUCCGAAUGGUCCAUCGCUAUCAAUGCGAGUAAAAUAAUGCUCAUUCAUUUUAAAAAGCUGAUGGCUCAUUGAGAUGACUCGCACUCAAGCACCCACCCCAUCCCCCACCCCACCAUCCCCACUUCUUGGAAAGACUGAGCCCGUCUCAAUUCUAGUGAUUCAUAGAUGUCAAAAAAACUAAGACCCAGACAGGAUUGGAGCGCCACGUAGCCCUCGCAAAACUGAGGCUUUGAUCUCACCAGAAGACACCCCGACAGUUCACUCCUUACCAUCCCGAUGAAACCAGAGUCAAACCUCUCACACUCUAAAGGGUGAGAUUGGACAGACGCAGGUGAAAACCUUCGACUAGGGCCAGGGGUUGGGGUGUGCGCGGGGAGGGUGAGGGGUAGCGGUGGAGUGCAGAUGUCCUGCGCCAGCUAGAAACCGGGUUCCGUGCCCCGGGAAACUCAAAGCCAGAACUUUACCGACUCAAUCGGAACGACUUUAUAAAAGGUGGCUUCCAAUGUCCAGCUUUCACUAUUUAAUGAAGCACUCGGUGCACUUAAGUUAUGAACCUUCCUGUUCAUUAGCCUUCCUUGUUUGUAUCUUGUGUGAGGACGAGUCCUAAUGUUGAGCUCUUAUCGCGACUUGCAGUUAAUAGCAAUUAGCCGAAACCACGUGAAGUGUCAUGAAGUCUUGAAAGCCCAACCCGAGAAAAGGCUUAUGUUGUAAAUAACUGCUGUUAUAAGAACUUGUGUUUUUCAAAGUGCUGGUUAUUUAACUGUGAAAGAGAAAACAAAAAGCUGUGAUAAUGUAUUGACUGAAGAUCACCCUCCACAUUGGCAUUGUCACUGCGACCAAACAGGCCUCAGCUAGAGGCACAUAGAAAAAUUCACAGGCUAUAGGUCAAAGGUCUCUUCAUUGUAUGCUGUUAGUAGACACUGAAUGUGUAUUGUGCACCCGUUUAUUCAAGUGACGUUAUUCGUGUUCGAGAGACCCUUCUCACCUGUUGUCGGUUCAAGGCCCAAAACAAGGUUAGACUAGAAUCUCACAGACACACCUCUCCCCUUGUAGCUCAACCCAGCUUCUGAAGUAGAAUAAACUGCUGGAUGUAUGAUAAA